GGGGCGGCGUGAGGAGCUGGGGUGAGGCGCGGGUUUCCUCCCCUCGGCCCGGAGCGUAUUUUUUUUUUAAUUUAAUUUUUUUUUUUUCCUCGCCCUUCGCCCACCGGUUUUUCCCCAUGGAGUUCAAGCUGGAGGCUCAUCGCAUCGUCAGCAUCUCACUAGGCAAGAUCUACAGCGCGCGGGGCCAGCGCGGCGGCCUGAAGCUGCACAAGAACCUCCUGGUGUCGCUGGUGCUGCGCAGCGCCCGGCAGGUCUACCUGAGCGAGCCGGGCUGCCCUCCCGAGCCGCCCCCUGCGGCCGUCGGCCACCCCGAGGAGGAGCCGCCGCCCCGCACCGCCGCCUGGGCGGCCGAGGAACCGCCGCCGCCCCCGCAGGACGAGGCGGGGAGGGACUGCCAGGGCCCCCGGCCGCGGCGCUGUUGCUGCGGCGAGAACCGCGGGGGUUGCGCCGGGGCCCCCCCGCCGCCGCACUGUCCCCGCAAACGGAGCGCCGGAGAGCGCGGCCAGGCGGGCUCCCCGGUGAAGAAGCCCCGCCGCGAGGAAGAGGAGCCGCCGCCGCUCCCGCCACCACCGCCACCUUCGCCGCCGGGCGAGCAGGAGGACAUGGAGACGGGCAACGUGGCCAGCCUCAUCAGCAUUUUCGGCUCCAGCUUCUCGGGACUGCUCAGCAAGGAGCCCAAGGGCCGGCGGCGGCCGCCUCUGGACGGCGGCGAGGCGGCGGCGGGCACGGCGCCCGCCGAGGCGGCGGAGCCGGGACAGAUCUGCUGCGACGAGCCCGUGCUGCGGACCCUCAACCCCUGGAGCACGGCCAUCGUGGCCUUCUGAUAUUCCAGCCGCAGAGACUGGCUCCCCGCCGCGGGCUGGGGGGCCCGGAGGUGACACUCAGCGAGCGCCGCGGGGCUCCGGCGCCGGCCAGACCCGGCGCCCUGCGCCGCAGCACGGCAGGGACCGCGGGGCAGCAGCGGCAGCGCUUGCUCGUUCCCCGCCGGGUCCCGGCUGCCGGCACCCGCCCUAGGAGCGCCCCCGGCCCUGCCCUCCCGGAAUUCCCCUUCCCGGCAGAGCCGCCGCCCUCCACGGCGCCCGGGGGAGGCUCCUCGGCUGCCGCCGACCCCGGGGGCGCCCCCGGCGGGUGAUAUUUUAAGCUUGGAAAGUAUUAAGUUUAUUAAAUAAAGUCUAUUUUGGAAAAGUUUAGGUCAGAACUAUUACAUGGUGCUUUUUAAAAGUGUUUAUUGAGAGGAACGAAGUUUACAGACGCUCUGACGGAAAGUCCUUGAGCCUGUUUGUUAGGCUUGGUAACUCCCGGUCUUUGUUGUAUAAAGGCUUGGGGCUCCCGUAGGGAAUUUUGUACAGUGUUCUCCUUCAGUGAUGUAUCAUGUUUUGUAUAAAAUGUAAUUUCUACGUGUACAACACGUAUUAAAUAUUUUCAACUGUA